AUGGCUAAGGAAGCUUCUUUCUGCCUCUUGUUUCUCUCUUCUCUCUUAAUUUCAUGUUCUGGAUCUUUGGUGGGUUUUUCCUAUCAUGAGAGAGGAGACACUUGGAAAUCUUAUCUUCAGCCGAGCAAAGUUUCUUCGUCUCAGAUUCGAGUUUUCGUCACAGAUUAUAGAAUUCCGAGCACUCUUACCAACUCAAACAUAGAUCUACACAUAGGUAAGGAAGUAAAAGUCUCAGUAGCAUUUCCACUUCAAUUCUUAAGGAAGUUGAGUCCAUCACAAGAACAUGGAAUUCGUAAGCUGCUUUCUCUUAUAAAGGAAACAAAAUCGUUUGUGAUGAUAGAAGACAACAUUGAUGAAGAAUUAAGCGCGGAGGAUCAUUUUGUUCAAACGGUUAUCAAGCGAGCCGCUCUUGCUGCUUCUGUUCUUCCUUGCAAAGAUGCUUCUGUGAUUCUAACAAUCAAGAGUUCAGUUAUACCAAGUUCGGUAGAAUUAGCCGAAUUUAGUAAAAGAGUAUCAAAAUAUUUAGCAGCGAGAAGACAUACUGCAAAAAGAAUAGCUGCAUUAUAUGUAGAACUGCAUACAGCAAAAGAUUUUUCAAUGAAAGAGCUCAAAAGGGAGGAAGAGAAAGAAAAUUUUCCAUUGUCUAGAAGAGAGAUCUUAAGCAAAUUCCACAGAAGAAAAACUCUAGAUAACACAAACAGUCCAACAAACACAGUUUACCCUACGAAUCCAACACCAGUGAUCACACCCUCAGAUACACCAACUAUUAUAGCAGUUCCUUCCACAAAUCCUGUCACGAUUUCCCCUACAAAUCCAGCUGCAAUGCCUGUAACAGUUCCUUCUACUACACCUGCCGUUCCUUCUACUACACCUGCUGUUCCUUUACCUCCAACAAAUCCAACCAAUUCACCGGUUCCGGUCUUCAACCCAGCUACAACACCUUCAACAGUCCCAGGUGCACAACCAGUAACCAACCCUGUAACGUCUUAUCCACCUCCAUCGGGAAAUGUUCCUGUCCCUGUCAUAAACCCUCCUUCAAACACAAAUGCUCCUUCCAUUCAGGGACAGAGUUGGUGUGUAGCAAAAGCAGGCGCUCUGCAAGCCUCCCUUCAAUCAGCAUUGGAUUAUGCUUGUGGAAUGGGUGCUGAUUGUUCUCAGAUACAGCAGGGUGGGGCUUGUUACAGUCCAGUCACUUUGCAGAGUCAUGCUUCUUUUGCUUUCAAUAGUUACUAUCAAAAGAAUCCAGCUCCAACAAGUUGCGACUUCGGAGGCGCUGCCACCUUAAUUAACACAAAUCCAAGUUCUGGUUCAUGCAUUUUUCCAUCAUUGUCGUCGUCAUCAUCCUCAACGCCAAUGAUAUCAUCCCCAGCACCUCCUACACAAUCAACUCCAACUUCAAUACCGCCACCAAGUCCAAUAACAACUGCACCAUCUAUUACAACAAUAGCUCCACCAUCUAUUCCAACAAUAGCUCCACCAUCAAUUCAAACAGCUCCAUCAUCAAUUCCAACAGCUCCACCAACAUCUUCAGGAUCGGGAACAGGCACUUUCGGCUAUGGUACCCCACCUUCAGUGUUAAAUUCAAGCAGCCCAGAUUCAGGUACAGUACCAGAUUUUGGGUCCGAUAGCCCUCCUGUUGUAAACACAACGUCUGCCUCACACCCUCGAGCUCUAAAAUCUUUUACUGGCUACAUAAUUUUGAUGAUUCCAUUCGUCACCGCCAGACUCAGCAUGCUCCCAUAG